GAGGAGGGCACUUGUUGGGAUGAGCACUGGGUGUCAUAUGUAAGUCAUGAAUCACUGGGUUUUAUUCCUGAAAUCAAUGCUAUGCUGUAUGAUAACUCACUUGAUUUUAAAUACAUACAUUUAAAAAAAUAAAAGGACAAAUGACACUGAAAGCAAAGCCCACAUGCUUGCUGGGUGAAGACAGCAUGUUAUGGGGGGGAAGCUAUGUUAUUAUUUGCUAUUGUCUAUAGAGAUAAAUGUUGACACAAAAUGAACAAACCUUUUAGCAUCUCUAAAGAAAGAGAGUUUUAUUUGAGCCUAAGUUAGGACAGUUGCCUGGGAAACACCCUCUUCGCAGGGAAAAACGUGCUCUGGAGAAUGAACUGUUUUUACAGGGCUAUAUUCUUUUUUACAGCUUACAAAAGCCCAAAAGAUAACAGGUUAACAUAUAGGCAGGAAGCACAGGUUUUAAUGUCAAGGAAUGCAGGGAGAUAGAGAUCUUAAGGGCAAGGUGGUUUCCCUUAGGCUGUGCAUUUACAAGGCAGGUGUACAAUGUGUAUUUGAUGGGCCAUAAAUCAGGCUUUUGGUUGGAACAAAGUUUAUGUACAGUCAUGCUGACUUAGAAAUCUAAAAUGGCUUCCCUUCUAUAUCCGGACUUUAGAGAAGGUCUCAUCAUGAAGACUACUCAAAGAACACACAGCAGCUAUUUAUUCAGAGUUUGCUGUAGCAAAGGAGUCAAGCCUCCAUCACUUGCAUUUGGCAGUGAUUCGAAGGCAGACAGAAGAGUGGAUCUUUCCUCACUCCCACAGGUUGUCUGUGUGUAUGUUGGAAGUAUAGACAAAGUAUCUGGGAUGCACAGCUGACUCCAAAGUGAAACAGGAACCAAACUGUUCCUUAAGGAAGGUGAAGGGAUCCUCAUUGUUCAGUGUGGAGACAAUCCCAUUAUGACAUGCAUUCGAGGAGUCCCUUUCUGUGGAGAACCCUAUACAGCAGUGAAUAAACCUCAGACCGGGGAGGUCUCUGACUUGAAUCAGCAGGUGUGGAUCCUGCAGGAUCAGACCAUUGUGACAGUUCCACGGACUGACAGUGUGACUCCAGUCACUGUCACUGUUGUCCCAUGCAAGUAUCCAGAGUAUCUUGAGCAAGGCAGAGGGAUUCCCAUUUAUAUGGGAAUAGAGAAUCCAGAAAUGUGUCUGUCUUGUGAGGACAUAGGAGGGCAGCCCACAUUGCAACUGAAGGAGGAGGAGAUACUGGAUCUGUACAACGAAGUCGCGCCCGUGGAGCCCUUCCUCUUCUACCACUCAAAAGAUGGCAGGACCUCCACCUUCGAGUCCGUGGCGUUCCCUGGCUGGUUCAUCGCCUCCUCUGAGAUCCGCCAUCCCCUCUUCCUCACUUCAGACCUGGGGGGAAAGAACAAUGUUAACUUCAAUUUAAGUAUCAAUGCUUGACCUCAGCCUGGAGGGGGCAGCUUGGUCAGAGGUCUUUGUUAAAUUUCCUAGUUCCCAGCAUGCUUUCAUUUAUAUUCUCUCCGUGUCAUUUCACUCAGUGCUGAGAGGUGGGCAGGACCUUGUUAUCAUCACACUUUGUGAAUGACUUCAGGGCACCCGAGGCGUAGAAUGUGAGCUCAGACAUGGGGGGAGGGGUCAUGUAAAGUUCUCCUCUCAAGCUGAAGUUGUCCAUCCCACAGCCAUCUGUAUGAGGGUGUCUGGACCCCAAGACAUUAGUGCCUUCUCUGUGGGUGGAUACAGAGAAGCGUCAGAGCUCAUGAUCUGGUGACUAGUGUGGAACUGAUUCGUUUUGUUUUCUUUCCUAUUUAGAUUACAUUUUCCAUAUGCUUUGUAUGUUGCCAGUAUAUUUCACGUUGUAUAAUGUAUCCUUUUAAGGGUUAAGGAACGUUUAAAGGUAAAUAAUUCUUAACAAUAGUUAAACUAUUUUUUUCCUAAUUCUAAUAUGUAAACAUAAAGCCAAAUAUAAACUUCAUGUGUUUACACAACAGAAAAGCUAAAACUAAGCUGUAAAAUGAAGUAGAAAACGUAGUAAACUGAAAUUAGCGAGAGUAAUUGAAUGAGGAUAGCUCACUGGGGUUUCACUGGGGAAAGAAGGACCCCUAUCAGUGGUGACAGUCCAGGGUGGAGAUAAUGCAUGUAAAAGAACACUACUAUAUGACUAUUUUCUGUA